GCGCGCGCGGGCCGGAAGUGCCUCCCGGUGGCGAUGCGGGGCUGCGUGCUGGGCCGGCGGCUGCUCGCCUGCGCGGGGGCCGCCCUGCCCGGCACGGCCGCCCGCAGAGGUUUUGCUGCCACAGCCUUUAUGAAGUCGUACGAUGUAAGAAGAGUUGAAAUAACCCCCCUAGAGCAAAGGAAGCUAACUUUCGAUACGCAUGCUUUAGUGCGGGAUCUGGAAGCACGUGGCUUUGGGAAAGAACAAGCAGAGACCAUUGUAUCGGCAUUAAUAACUUUGUCAAAUGUGAGCCUGGACACAGUGUAUAAGGAUAUGGUGACCCAAGCUCAGCAGGAAAUAACUCUGCAGCAGAUAAUGGCACAUCUGGACUCCAUUCGGAAAGAUAUGGUCAUCCUUGAGAAAAGUGAAUUUGCGAACCUGAGAGCAGAGAAUGAGAAAAUGAAAAUUGAAUUGGAUCAAGUUAAACAGCAGCUAAUGAAUGAAACGGGUAAAAUCAGAGCUGACAACAAACUGGACGUAAACCUGGAAAGGAGCAGAGUGACAGACAUGUUUACAGAUCAGGAGAAGAAGCUCAUGGAAGCAACUACAGAGUUUCACAAAAAAGAUUCAAGAACCAACAGUGUUAUUGCAGAAAUCAGCAACAAAAUUGAUACUGAAAUAGCCUCCUUGAAAACACUGAUGGAAUCGAAUAAGUUGGGCACGAUACGCUAUUUGGCAGCUUCUGUUUUCGCUUGCCUGGCAAUAGCACUGGGAUUCUACAGGUUCUGGAAAUGAAGCUACUGGAACUACGACACCAUGGAACAAAGAACGGGCCUCCUCGAUCUAUCAGGCAACAUCUGUUAGGACCUUGUGUUUGCUAUUGCUGUUGUUUGGCACCUUCGUUUUGAUGAUGAUUCUUAGUGAGCGCUAGGAAAUGUUUUCGUAAUGCAUAACACUCACAGGCAAAAUAGGGUCAGUAAUAGAAUAUAUGGAAAACUUUCUCUGGCUCUAGGUGGCCUUCUUUAAAAGACCUCACAUAUUAAAUGAGAAAUUGGGGGAGGGUGUUGCUACACUAACCAAAAUCCAUGUCCCAGAUUAAUUUUGCAAAGGCCCUGCUCUCACGGGCUUUUUUCCUCUAUUUGAGCAAAAGUGUUUACCUGCUGGAAACUGCAGUCCAGUGGAGGAAGAUGCAAGGGAUGAAAAUAGACCCAAGCAGAUGCUGCUGUGUGAGACUUCCUGUGGCUCAAAGUACAGGGAACGGAUGUUACCCUUCAGCUGCAAACUUACCCUACCCUAAAUCAGAAAAAUGUUAGGCCUUUUCAAAAGGACCCUUUCCCUUCAGGCUAAGACAUAAGGGCCAAAAUGUUCCAUCCCACCCCCCUCUUCCCCUUCUUGGCUCCCUCUUUCCUCCUCACCCACAAAACCUAGAAGUAAAGACUCAUGCUUUCUAAGGGGAAAUAGCACCAUUUUCGGUGGCUGUGUAUAAUCCUGGGACAAGGCAAAGGGGAACUUGGACUCUUCUCUGUUGCUGGAAAACUCCUAUACAGUCUGUAUAGCCUUUGUCUGAGAGUAGACUCCAGGCUGGAAUGAUACAUUACUUCCAUGAGACUUCCAGUGUUCCCUUUCUUGCCUCCAGAGUCCAAUCCCUCUAAACCAAACUUUGACCAUGGCCUCAACUCUCUGCCCUGCUCACGAAAUACUAGUGCUGAGAUAUAUAACAGGAUGUAGUAAUAUCAUCCAAAAUGAAAGCAGCCAAUUUGUUGUUGUUGACUUUUAUAGAUGAUUUUUUUUUUGGCCGCAGUGGUGCCAAUGCUCAGUUCAUCUUUGCAGGUAAUGGUAUUGCUGUAGUAAUGGAGUAUCCCCUGCAUGGGGGAGAGAAUUGCUCUACAAAAUACCUAAAGUGGCAUUUUCAGGUUAUUCCAGGUUUAUCUUGUUUACAAAUGGGAUGUGUUGGUAUUUUGUGAAUUGUGUAUUUCAUGCACGAAAUUCUACGUAAAAUUCUCCUGCAACAGAAUUGUUACAGCUGCAACCUGAGCUGUGAUUAAAAGAAACCAACCUGGAAAACUGCGACAACAUGUUUUAUGGUAGGCGGUAGUGUUAGUCUCCUGAGAGCUGCCCACUGUGGGUGGUGGUGGUAUGUGCUGUCUCAGAUGAUGACUAUUCCAUGCCUAAUUUUGAUAGGUACAGCUGUGUUAUAAGCAAACGUUGUACAGAGUUACUCAAGGCCACAAUAAACACCAUAUUUAUAGCAUUCA